ACUAAACUGGCAUCAACUUUAUAGUUCCAGGUGUUAGACAAUGGGCCGUGGAAAGGAGCCGGAGUUGCCGACGUCCAACCCGGUGGAGGCCAAGAAGUAUCGAGACGAGUCUGCUGGACACGUCAAGAACGGCAACUACGACCGAGCGCUCGCCGCACUUAACAAGGCAAUCGAACUGGCUCCAGAAGAAAAGGCAGCUUAUGUGGCGAGAAGUCAAUGUUAUCUACUGCUCGGUGAGCCUAAGCCAGCCCUGAUGGACGCCGAGGCAGCGUUGAAGCUGGACCCGAAACAUGCUAAAGCCCUGUUGAGGAAGGCGGAGGCGCUGUACUACUGCGGCGAGUUCGAGAUGAGCCUCGUUCACUAUCAUCGCGGCCUGCGUACACGACCUGACUUGUACGAGUUCAGACUUGGAGUACAGAAAGCUCAGGAAGCGAUAGAAAACACAAUCGGCGCCGUGAAGCCGGUAAAGAAGGUGAGCAAAGCGAAACGCCCAGCGUCUAAGGCAUCAAGACCCGCCCUUGGACAGCUCAUGUCAGACAAGAUAUACCUGGAAAACCUUAUCAAGAACCCAGAUCUGGCCAUAGCUGAUAAGAAGAAUGAUGUAGUAGUGAAGCAGGCCGAAGAAGCUAUCAGGUUCCUGGAGAAUAGAGAGGAGUUCUGGCGGCAGCAGCAGACUGCUAGUUAAACUGAAUUGAUUUGUCCUUCGAUCAACAAUACCAACUACAUAACGGCUCACGAUCGCACGAACUAAAACAAUGUUUUAU